ACAACCAUCCUACACAACAUACUAAGGUUACGCAUCACCAGCAUCUUGACUGAUACGCCGUUGCCUAUCUUAGUGCAAUGUGGCUCUGCCAACUUCUAGUGCGCGUCAUCGCCACGCACGGUUAUUCCCGGCACGUGUAUCGCUUCUCCUUAGUUCGGACCAGCUGUGUCCACGUCAUCAUUCCAUUCCACGCGUUUUGGUCAUCAUCGGCGCAGGCGUUUUGGUCGCAAAUGACACCGAAACGAAGAGUCGCGAGCUCAAAGAAACGAAGAUUCACUCGGAUUCGUGAGACAUUUCUGUUUUGAUCCUGAAUGAUACUUUAUAGGUUCAAUUUCAGGUCAUGAUUCUGUACACAAAGAGAAUGCUAUGCGAC